AUGUGUGCCGCCUCUACUCCUCUCCCACUAGUGGUCACCAGCCGGCGCUCGGCUAAUCAGAGCAUGGACGCCGCAAACCGCUCAGCGACUCAGUGUCUCAGUCUGACCCGCUCACUCUUCAUGGUGGUGAUGGCAAGCUACAAGACACGGCUAAAGCUCUUGAAAGCCCUAACAGACUACAAACAAGCGGAGCUUACGCGACGUUCCAAUGACAACGUAGACGCACUCUAA